AUGGAUUCAUCUGUCGCAGCAUCCACGCUGACGAGGCAACGCAUUAGUGUGGCCUUAUUCUCGCUCGCGGCUACAGCAACAGUCGGCUUAUACUGCUACCGAUUAUACAACCCACAACCCGAACCCGGUGGUCGACUGCACAGGAGCAACGCCGUUCGACAUCGCAGACGUUCUGUGAACACCCCCGUAGCCGCUGAACCGCCAGGUCGCGCCCAAUCCGAGGCGUCCUACACGUCGGCUGAAUCCCAUGCCGACGAGAACGCUGAUAUCGACACCACAGUUCGACCCUUGGCCGAUGGCGAGACGGUCGCCGACGAUGCCCAGGAGCUCGAUGAUAACUGGUAUGAUGACGAUCAAAAUCAAUAUGGUCCCCAGGCACGAGCCGGUCAAAAUAUCGUGAGCUUGCUCUUUCGAGUCUCCGAGGACAACGCCCGGCGCAGCGCCUAUGUUCACCGAGGCUGCCAGUGCAACGGGUGCGGCAUUGUCCCGAUUCGUGGCAUCCGCUACCGCUGCGCCAACUGUGCCGAUUUCGACCUCUGCGAGACAUGCGAAUCCCAAGGCCUCCACACCAAGACGCACAUUUUCUACAAGAUCAGGAUCCCGGCCCCGCGCCUCGGUCCUCGCCAGCUUCAACCCGUGUGGUACCCUGGAGACCCCGAGAACUGCCUGAGACUGCUUCCUAAGAGAUUGAUGGCCAAGCUGUCCAAGGAAACCGGGUUCGAACGCCCAGAGUUGGAAGCUCUCUGGGAACAGUGGACGUUCAUGGCCAACACGGAAUGGAAGGAGGAUCCGGAUGAGCUGUGCUUGGCUAUGGACCGCAAGACCUUUGAGCGAUAUCUCGUACCCUCAGGAGACAGACAGCCUAUUCCGAAUUUGCUACACGACCGGAUGUUUGCCUUCUAUGACGACAAUAAUGACGACCUCAUCGGCUUCUCUGAAUUUCUCCGCGGCACAUCCUACAGGAAAAGAAAAAACAGGCUCAGGAAGAUCUUUGACGGAUACGAUGUGGAUAACGACGGUUUCGUGAGCCGCCGAGACUUCCUACGCUUGUUCCGCGCUUAUUACGUGCUCUUCAAGCAGAUGCAUAGGGACAUUCUGGAGGGGCUGGACGAUCAAGUCAUGAGUUCGACUGAGGUCCAACAGCUAGGAACAAGCAGAGCACCGUUGAGCAGUCUAUUUGGCCGCGAAGGCAUUUUCCAGCCGCCCGAAACCGAUCGCCCCUUGGAAGGAAAGGUUGUCAACGAAAGCCUGGGCGAAGUUCACAUUGCGGACGGAAACCCCCGGGCUGUGGCAACGGAUUCACCUGAUGUUUCCGACCGACAGUCAGUUUUGAAUGACUUGUUCGCAAAGCAAACUCAGACCCAGGAAAGCCUGUUUGUUCUGGCUGAUAGUAGGCCAUCGGCGAACAGAGAAAGCGGCAUCGAAUACCUGAACGCUCUCUUGAACCCACCAACCCGGACCAGCGAGCUACCGACUAUUAUAGUGGGGGAGUCGCCGCGCGGUGACCAGUUGAUGCUUGUUAUGAACGGCCCACAAGCUCACAUGACAAACGGUGAUGGUCAAGACGGCGGGGCCAGCGAGCAAACACCUCACCGAGUCGAGAAUGGCGCUUCCCCACCCGGUGAGGAGGCCAGUGAUAACUCCAGGGAGGGCGAAGGACGCGCCGGGGACCGUCACUCCGCUCGCGUUCCCUAUAUUGCCACCUCUAACCGACGUGUAAGGCUUGAAGCACGAAAAAAGCUAUUUGAUCGUUGGAAGAAGCGGCAGUUUUACUUGGAUGAAGAGGAAGGUGCUAUGGCUCCUGACGGCUGGCCUGAAAGCCUUGACGUCUUGGCACUGGCGAAUUCGUCAAUAGAAAGCUCAAAGGCUCCUCAACAGCCUUCUUUCUCGCGGUCACGAUCUUCAUCUAAAGUGCGAUUUGCUGAUGAUGAUGAUGAGUAUGACCAUGGCUACGAUACUGAUGCGAGAUCCAACAUCUCCAAUUCUUCACGGAGUAUACCAGAAAGAUGGGGCGGAAUGGAAAUCCCUGAUGCCGAAAGAGACGUGGGCAAGGAAAUCUUUUACCAAGUCAUUCAGCAGGCGUUCAACGAAAUACUCGAUACCCUCUUCAAACGCAAGGAGGACCUUGCGGUAAAGGCGGCGGAAACCAAGGAGGCGCGCGACAAAUGGAGACCGUCCUUUACAUCCAUCAAGCUCAAAGAGGUCGACAGGAACAAGCAGAAAGUUACCAAGAAGCGCAAGCCUGCUGAGCUGUCCUUGGAAGAGCUUCUUGCUGCUAGCGGGUACAGCGUUGACCAGAGCGAGGAGGAUGGAACCACUCUGGUGGGUUCAGCCUCUGAGAUUGUGCCAGACGAGUUGCCUGUUCUGCCAUCUGAGGAGCCUGCGGAAAUAUCAGCAUCAUCAUCAGAGGCGGCUUCUCAUCGCGAUCCAACGAUGCCGCAAUUUAGACCCAAUGGCGAUUCUGAAUCCGAACCCGCCGUCGAGACACCCUCUGACGAGGACCCUACCCCGGUCGAUAGAACCGCGGUGAAGGCGGAAAAAUCCAAGAAGGCCAGCAAGAAGAAUGGAUCAGUGUCUCCGCCAUCCUAUGAACAGUUGGUGGAGUGGAAACGACUGGAUCUGGCUGAGAAGGAGGCAAGCGAUCGCGGUGGAUGGGGCAGGCUCAGCUUCGAGGAAUUUGAGCGUAUCUACAAGGAGGAGGAAGCCAACGGUAGCCGGCUUGACUAUCUGGCUACCUGGAUCGACUUUUGCAUCCCGUAUCACUAG